AUGGCUCCCCAGAAGCUUCUACGAAACCCAAGCCGGAAGCCAGCUUCAUCCUCGUCGGUAUCCAACACUCAGCGGCUGGCCAGACUGUCUGGAUCCGCUCGGAAGGCCGGCUACGUCCCCGCCUGCGAACCAUGUCGAAAGCGCAAGAAAAAGUGUGACCGGAGUCGACCAACUUGUAUAAAGUGUACAGAGCGUGACUUGCGAUGCGAGUACCUCGAUGGACCUGCUGCACCGGCUAGUUCGGUGCAGCUUCAGAGACUGCAGAGGCUGAGCCAAGAUCCAAGCGCCCUUUCUGAACUCUUGGCGACGCUUCCCUAUUUCGAGGCCCUCGAGCUGUUUGACUUGUUUCGAAAGAUGCCCAGAGACACAUACACUGCCGCUCAGUCGAUGAAUACCCCGGAAACUUCCUCGCCAAGGUCACCUCCUUCCUGGACGCCUUUGGCUGCGCAAUGUCCCUCACCUAUGCAUUAUACUCUCGUUGGGAGUCUUUUACCGCCAGCGUCAAGUCCAAUGGAACAAGAGCUCAUGGUCCGACACCCUAUCGCGUAUCCAGUUCUGAUGCCCAUCGCUGUCAACUCGCUUCCUCUUGAGGCGCUCCUCAUUCCUCGGAACCCCGAGGGGCUGGGAGACCGUCUCUCACUCAACGACACCGCUCACUCAGAACUGUCUGAUACAGCCAAGAAGAAAGUUGACAUCAGUGAUGAAGCUGAUGAUUGGUACAAAAGUCUGUUAUUCUUGGAGAAAUCACAUAUCGAUCUUCUGCGCCAGGUUGAUGUAUCCAAGUGGACAGACUUACCGAUCCCCAAUGAAUUUGCUAUUCGGGUGAUCGCGCUGUAUCUUAAUAAUGAUUAUCCAGUUCUUCCUCUUUUCAACGUAGACCUGUUUCUUCAAGACCUAGCCCAAAAUCGACCAUAUUUCUGUUCUCGGCUGCUGGUAUCAGCCCUUUUUGCAUGGGGUUGUCAAGCUUAUACUUCCAUGCACCCCAAAGCAGCUUCCUGGGGUUCGCUCUUUUAUCUCGACGCCCAAGCGCAGUGGAACCAGCUGGAUCGCCGCGAAAUCGUUACGUUAUGCAACAUAUCUGCAUCGCAACUCAUGACCAUGGCAUCUGUGACACGUGGGCGGGACGAAUUGGCAUUUGUGUUUCACAGAGCGGGAGUCGAGAUUGGGAGAGCAAUGGGUCUUUUGAAUGUUGACCCCCAAUCGCAGUCUGCAGCAGCAUGGGCUCAUGGAUAUCCGGAUUGGCAGAAAGCUGCUUCAUAUACAGCGUGGGGCAUUUUCAAUUGGUCUUGCGUUUUCGCUCUUCAUUAUCAUAAAAUCGAAGUUGAAAUCCCACCCGGACUCUUGAAACCUGGAGAUAUUGACAUUGCUCUCGCCGCCGAAGAUGGGGUCUCCGUUUCGCUGAAUGAGAGCACCGAGAUAUUUCGUGUCAUGUGCAAACUCUGGACAAUCUUUGUUGUUAUAGCCAGGAUAUACUAUGGCCCAGACGUAGAGGGAUUCUUGAAUCAGACGGAAGCUCUCGAGUACGUAGAGGGCACUUACCGCCAACUCCUCACUUGGGCAGAUGAGUUGCCGUUGAGAUUGGUUCGACAAGCUGGUAGCAGCCAUGCCGUUUUUCUCAUGCAUACAUACUACCACGCCAUAAUCAUGGACCUUUUUCGUCCCUUCCUGCACCGGCCGGAUCGCGCCUCCACGCCAUUGCGAACAUUUGCCGCAGAACGCGCAACUCCUCAAACGGUAUACCACGUUUCCAUCCGUCAAAUGAAACGUCUACUCCUCUCAUAUCGUCUCGAAUUCCAUCUCGAAGCUCUCUCGGUCAUAUGGCAGACGGGUGUGAUAUACGUCGCCAACGCCACGAUGCGCGCCGACUACCAUAACAAAGACGAGAUGCAAUUCUUUCUGAAUUUGUGUGUUGCCGGACUUGAAGAGCUCUUCAUGUCGUACAAGGUAUUCGGGGCAAUAGCCAAGGGCGUUAUGAGUAUGGCUAUCCGGCAGGGAAGUAUAGAGCAGACGCAGGUGAGGCGUGUGAGGAGGAGGUUGAAGGAAACUGAGAAGCUGUUUGUGGUUGAUGAUUCCAGUACAGACGAGACGAUGGCCAAGUGGAUGAUCGAUUUGGAUCUGGCGGUUACCAACUCUGUUGAGGCACAGGGUGGUAAACUGGCGAGAGAGUUUGAUGAGAUGAUUGAGCUGCAUGACGAUGACGAGUGA